AUGUUUUAUUCAGGUCGUCAUUUGGUGUCUUUUGAAGGAAAAAACCGGAACUUAAACAUAGAUAUCGAGCUAGGCUGCUCUUCGGACCUCAAAAAGGAUUUAGAAAUAAGGUUGACAGAUGAUGAUGACUUUUAUUUUCUUUAUUCCAUUAGAAUUACAGUUGAUGAGUUUACCGAAAUUAAGCAGCAGCAAGGUUUGCUCAUUAAUUUUGAUGAGUUCGAACAAAAAGUAGCAGAUCUAUUGUGUAUUUGUUCACAAGAGGAGGCUAUCGAAAGUCCUAAAUAUGGACUUCGGUUUUCCAGAAACACUGAGGAAAGAGAUUGCGGUUUAUUGCAAAUAGUUGAGGCCACUAAUUUCAAAUAUCUUCACCAUUUGAGUCUCACUUUGUAUGCAGCUGAUGACGAAAAGCUUAAACUAUUUCUCGCUAGUCGUUUAAAAAAGCAUAAGGUACUUGUGCAGGUUUCCCUCAUUUUCCAGGCCGAAAGUGAUGCCAUUAUCAAGCAACUUAACCAGUCUGUAUCGGAGCUCACGUCGUCCCUCAAAUCUGCAGAGGAAGGUACGAAGUUAAUCAUAGACGAGUUUCAAGCGUUCAAAGUAGAAUGUUCAGCUAAAGAAAUUAAUCUCCAGGCUGAGAAUGAGUUUGCUAUUAGGGAAUUGCAGUCGAAACAUGAUGAGGUGAAAACGAAGUUAGAAGAAUCUCUUUCCAAAGAAAAGGAUUUAGCCAGUCAAAUCCAAGAGGAGCUUCAAAAGGACUUUAAAAGUCGUUUGGAUUUAGCAUUGAGCAAUAAUAAAAAUCUACGGGACCAUCAGUCUGUCCUUCAAACACGUAUAGAAGCACUACAAGAGAAAAUAAAGUCUACAGAAACCGAAAAUAUUUCUUUAACUGAAGAAAUCAAAAACGUACGUUCUCAGUUGGAUACAACCAACCGGGCAUAUGAUCUACAAACAGAAGUGGUUAAUCAGUUACAAAGUAAAAUAUCUAUGUUAGAAGAAAAUAUGAUUACCAAAGGUAAACAAAUACUGGAGUUAGAGAAUUCAUUAACCAAAGAACAUGAACAAAAGGUAAUAGGUCAUAAAUUUACGUUACAUAAAUUGUUUUUAAAUUUUGAGUCAGUAUUUGGGAUCUAUUUCAAUAUAGCCGUAUUCAUUUACUUUCUAACUUAUGCUACUUUUUCAUUAGAACGCAUCAGCACAGCGAUAAAAUCACUGGUGAAGUAGAAACAAAAAGAAGCUAGUUUUCAAUUUUUUUUAAAAAACCAGUCGUCGUAUCAUUUUAUGGAUUCAUUCUGUAGUUGAUACAUGUACGUUUUUACAACGUAUUAUGCUUCAUCUACUUUCUUUCGGACAGGUAGGGGUGUGUUGUUUAUGGUGGCAAGAGAAUAAGUUGAUAUAAAUUCUCAUAGUCAUUAUUAUACUAAAAUUCCAUAAUCUCAGUCUCAUUUACAUUCGUUUAUUCAUGGUUUACAAAAUCAGGUUUAGUGGGUCAAGUAACUCCAACAGUUUAUAGGUAUCUUUGUCAAGAAUAGAUUUGUUAACUUCGAGUAAAUCCGGUAGGUUUCUGAUAAUAGAAGCACAUUUGUCACAUUUGAAAUGAUGAAAGAAACGAUUUACGCGAAGUCACGAAUCAUCGUCUAUUCAGUUUUCUACACAUUGGUUUAUUACAAUAUAUUUUCGCUUUUAUUAUUCCUAUAACUCAGACAAUUCUUUUUACAGUACUUUCAUACCUUGUGUUUAUAACUUAUUUGCACCAAUCGAAGUGGCGAAACUAUAAUUUAUGGACGACCUUUGAACGAAUCUUAAGUGACCUUGAGAAAUGUUAACCAAUCAGUAAACAGUCAGCAUAGAGUAAAAAUAUAUUAUACAAAACCAAAGAAUUAGAGUGAAUACACUUCUUUUAUAAGGUCCAAAAACUUGUCGAGGUUAGAGAAAGGUUCAAAGGUUCCAAAAUUGUAACGCAUAAGGUAGGGUAACUCAUCCAUAUGGCUCCAUAAUAGUUGGUCUCUGGAACCAUGAUAGGGUCACAAAAACCAUCUCGGCCUCCACCACAUAGCUUCGAAAUUGUGUGUAUUCUGGUUGUGUAAGUUUAGCAUAUUUAUUAUGGAUAUGUCCCUACAAUAUUCAUACAACUGAACAGCCGAAGCUUCAGUAACAUCUGCGAUUAUUGCAGCCAAUACUACUAUUUUCUGUUUGUUUCACAAAUGCUCUUUGACUUUAUAAAUGUCUGUUUUCACUUCUCCCUAGAUAAGCAUAAUUAAAUAUAUGUUUCAUUUAACCUCUUUGGCUUUCAUGACUAACGUAUAUUCAUUCAUUUAGGAGUAUGCUUAAAUUUAACGAAAAUUGUUGAAGCCUUGAUUAUCAAUACUAUGUCUAAUAUGAUGUAUCUACGGAACAGACCGUACAACCGUCAUUAAAUUAAGAAAAUUUGAAAAUUCGUCUUUCAUCUCUGUAUAGUUUUGUAUAUCUUUAGCAAGUUCCCUACUAAAUUAUUCUGUUUGUUUCAUUAUGUAUAGAUAUUGUAUUUUUAAUAGAAAGGUUUUAAUGAAAAAUGUUCAGAUAAUUUGGGCAGAUUUUACAGUUGCUUAUAAUAUUCUCUUUUGUUUAGUUGCAGUUACUUGAACAGUCAG